CAGGUACAUGUGUACCGCUAUGUUUAUAUAACUUCACGUUCCCAGUCAAUUCGAAUUCUCCACAGUCACAGACAAUAGUCGAACAGACAAAAAUAUAUAUUUCAGAAUGUUGAUAAAAAUUGCAGCCGUCCUUCUGAUGGCAGUUUUUGUUCAAGGAGAAAAACUGUACUACAAGCCUAAGAUGAUAAAGAUAAUUCCAGGCAAUGAGGUUGAACCUCAAAAGAAACCAGAUUUUUGCAACAAACUUGACUGCCCUGAAUACAAAGUCAUAGAAUCCAGCUCGGGUUAUGAGUUAAGAGAAUAUACUGCAACACACUGGGUGUCUACUACCCUAGCUGGAGUAGACUACAGCGAAGCAAGCGGAAUCAUGUUUCACAGAUUAUUUGAUUAUAUACAAGGCAAAAAUGCUAAAAAGGAGAAAAUUGCUAUGACAGCUCCAGUUUUGGUUAGACUUAUCCCAGGUCCAGGACCAGCAUGUGAGAGCAACUUUACAAUGUCCUUCUUCAUGUCAAACAAAGUCACUGAUCCGCCAGCACCAACAGAUCCUACAGUGGCAUUAAACAGUGCUCCAACAUUUAGGGCAUAUGUCAGACAAUUUGGUGGGUAUGUUAGGAAGAUUGAAGAUUGGAUCAAAGAAGCUCAAGAAUUGUUUAAGUCUAUAAAUGACUCGAGCAAGUACCAUACCCAGUUUUACUUCACAGCAGGAUAUGAUAGUCCAUUCAGAAUCUUCAAGAGACAUAAUGAAAUAUGGUUUAUCUCCAAAUAAGAACAUACCACUGAAUAACAAUACCAACCAGCAUAAUGACAAAAUAUAGUUAUCUCUAUUUUAAUUACUCUAGGUUUCAAGAACUAUCAAUGUUUUCCAAUAUGAACAUGAUGAAGGUCAAGUCAGAGUUUAUGAAAAUUUUAAGUAAUAUUCUAAUUUUUAGUACCUUAUAAUGAUAAAUUUCAAUACAGAUGCAUUAGAAACACCUACAAACCAAAUAUUGGUGCUCAUGCUUUACAUUUAAUAAGCACUUGAAAUGUAGCGUUUUGUCCUCCAAUUUAUAAUGGGUGAUAGUGGAAUGCAAUUUUUCAAGGUUCACAUUCCGAUGUUUGUAGAAGCAUUUGUAUUUGUCAUACAGUUUCAGUUUGUAGAAGCAUUUGUAUUUGUCAUACAGUUUCAGUUUGUAGAAGCAUUUGUAUUUGUCAUACAGUUUCAGUUUGUAGAAGCAUUUGUAUUUGUCAUACAGUUUCAGUUUGUAGAAGCAUUUGUAUUUGUCAUACAGUUUCAGAAAUAAAAAAAAACUCUGGAUUGCAUAUUGUUACAAUACAGAUAUUUCUUUGUUAAAUAUACAAUUAAACACCAGACGACAGUGAGUUACUUUGACUUGACCUUAAUUUCUUUUAAUUUAAGGAGGUUAACAAACAAAACUAAUAACUACAAAAAAGAAAUUAAUUAUUCCAAAUGAAAUGUAACUAAUAUCCCUGAAUUACUUAUUUGAUACUUAUUACUUGUGCAUGAACAUGAUGAGGAUCAUACUUUACAGCAUUUCCUCUCAUGUUGUAUCUGUAACUAGUUUGCUUUCUUGGACAUAAAUGUGUUGUUAACCUUGCUACCAUAGUUAAUUUGCGUUACACCCUAACUUAAAUUUUGAAAUUUAUUUAAAUAUUAUUUUUUGCUAAUAUUUAUUUAAAUUUAUACUUAAAACUUAGUUGGAUAGUUUAAUGUUAUACAUAUUAAGUAGGUCAUAAUAUUUAAGAGGUAUUUGAUGUAAAGUAAGUUCUAAAUAUUCCAGAGUAACUUACUAUGUUGAAGAUUUUGCACUUGACCUGAGGAAAUAAGACAUUGUCUAGUACAAUAUAGGUCAGAUAUAAUUUAUCAGGAGUAGAUUAUCAUCCUCCACACACUGAGUUUUCAUAUUUAGGAAUUACAGUCUAUUGUUUUUUAUUUCUAAAAUGAUUUCUUAUUUUGAUAAGAGGGAAAAUUUUCAAAUCAACAAUGGAAAAUACAAAUAAAUAAAACUGAGGGUGGCUUUACAGAUUAUAGAUAUACUUGUAUAAACAAUCCUAACCCUUCAACCUUAUCUGUCUUAGUGAAUCUCUGUUUUGCAAGGUCUAUCUUUUUGGCCUAGCUUAAUUGUCCUCCUAAACUUUUAAAAAAUACAAUGGAAUUAUUCAACAGAAGGCCUGUGUUAAUGUAAUAGUUUGAUACUACGCAUGUGCUGAAAUACACUGAGAACUAUUUAUGUUUAUUUUAUUUUAAUAACAUUCCAAUAUCUUAUAUUUUACUUUUUAUAUUCUGAAUCUCAUCAUAUAGUACUAGUAGCUCAGAUUUAUCUUAAAUUACAUAUGUAUUUUAAUUAUGGCAUUAAUUGACCCCAUUUUAUGCUUAAAAGGUUAUAUCAGUUGGUAGCCCCUCUGUCCUGACAUGUUAUAUUGUCAUUGUCUAAGAAUGCCUUUUUAUAUUGUGAAUAUAAAAUGUGUACUAUCAUAGUUUGUCCUGAUUUUGAUAUUUUGUGAAGUUCUGUAAGAUCCGUGUUUAAUUCUUUUUAACAUAACAUAAUCCAUGUGCAACUUCAUAUUUUAUGAUGUAAGCAUUUAAUUAUUUAUGUGUUGUUUCAUAUUUGUAUUUUGAAUUAUUUAAUUAGAUUUUUUCAAAUGUACUUUUAUCAUACAGUGAGUACUGGAGGCCUUUUCUAAAUCCAAAUCUUAUUCCUUAUACUAACAACCUAAAGCCUUACAGAAAACGUUAACCCCAAUGUCUCUACUUUUGUUAAAACGGGUUUGUUUAUCAUGUGUUUAUUUAUCUUGUUGUUUUCGUAAAUAGAUUGUAUAUUUUUGCACUUUGAAAAUAAAAAUAUAAAAUUUUU